CACAAUUCUGAUAGAAAAAAAAGGAGAGAACAGUUGCGGCCUGAGAAAGCCGAAAUGCAACAGGCCAGGAUUAAUCUUCCCUCAAGACUUUCUGUGGGUAAGAAAACAGUGAGAAUCGAACAGGAGCUUGGCAGUGGUGCAUUUGGAGAUGUCUACAAAGCAACAGACGAAAAGCGCAAAGUCUAUGCCUUAAAAGACGUUCUUUGCUUAAACGUUUCACAAGGUCUUGAUGCGAUCCAUGAGGCAAAUACACUGUGCGAAAUCUCUCACAACAAUAUCAUCUCCCUGAAGGGAGCAGAUCUGUUCGUUGACAGUCAGAACAACUUGCACAUGUUGAUUUUGACUGAGUACUGCGGGGGUGGAAACUUAAACGAACGCCUCGCUCGACCAAGCACCGAAAAAACCAACUGGAAGUGGAUGAGUCAAGCUGCCGAUGCUGUAGCCUACCUUCACUCAAACGACGUGGUUCACCGAGACCUAAAAACGGAAAACGUACUCUUGACUAGACGGGGAAAUGUUAAACUAGCCGACUUUGGCCUCGCUCGUGAGUACAUUGCACUUAGACAAGUUGACGCGCAAAGAAAUGGUGGCUCGUGGAUGCAAAUGUACGUACAAUACUACAUGGACUCCGCAGUUGGCUCACCGUUCUGGUUGGCUCCUGAAUGUUUCACGGGUCACUACACAGAAAAAGCCGAUGUCUUUUCCCUCGGCGUGCUGUUUUUUGCCAUCUUAGAACGGGAUUACAAAGACUGCAAUGGAAAAGCGUAUUACGGUGCAUUCAAACGUAUUCGUGGUGUUGGAAAAGUUGGCCUUGGGGAAGCAAUGGCAAUGUACAAUGCAGAAACUGACAUAGCUUUUUCAAGACGCGUAGAGGGCUCCCGGGAUCUUCAAAGGUUAGUCAUUGAGGCUUUACAGUACGAUCCUGAUGAUCGACCGAGCGCUGACGAGCAAUGUAGUUCGUUUGAAGAACAUGAAGACUAG